AUGCAUACCAGAAACCUUUCCCAGGGCCAGGUGAUAGUAUUGGAGCCGACUGGCGUCACUCCAUGGCAGCCGCAUAUUCUGCCAACCAUCAUCCCCAACGAUGUCCCUCGCAUUCAUUCGUUCCAUCAGCCUCUCGAGGAGAGGCAAGAGUUCAAGAAGCUCUAUCCCAACGGUAUUCCAGUUUCAUACAAGAUGGUCUAUGAGUCCAGCCAUGGUCCCCCAAGGAAAUAUCUGGAGGAUAGCGUUUCAAUGGGAUUCUACACCAACCCCCCGCCGGGUGCCAGGGCCAUCUUUUCCACCGGCAAUGGCACACGUGAGUUUCGGAAGAUGGAUCACAUUUUACCCAAGAGGCACAUCCCGCUCUGGUGCAAGGAUGAAAUUCAGAUGCUGUGCAACUCUACUCGCAAGAUCUUUUGGGAGUUUAUGAAGCCGAUGCGGAUGCCUGUUUCCUGGGACUGUCUCUGGGAGUACUUUGACGCCUACGACUUGUACCACUAUGGGUUGACCAAUCUCUGGAACCUCAUCAACAAUCUCUACGCCGAAAAUGUGAUGAUUUACAGUGAUGUCAUGUCAUAUGCUGCCGUCGAGAUUGGUCGCUGGAUCGAGCAGUGGUCGUGCAACGCAGAAAACAGAACCAAGUUGGUCACUUGGGCGCCUCAACAAGCACCAAUCUUUCUGCUCUUGACCCAAGAAGACUAG